AUGGGGUGGUUUGGUACCUUGUUUACAUCUUCAAAGCCAUCGAUGCAGCCUCUUCGUGUGCUCAAACGACCACUCGUUUCAUAUCGUUACCCCACUGAGCAUUCGAACAAACAUCGUUUCUUCACAAGUCAAGCAAUCGCUCAAGAGGACGUGCCUUCUUAUGAUCUCGAGUAUCCCCAAUCCUCUCAUGUCAAAGGAGUAGAAGAAAAGAGCUCAAGUGGAACCCACGUUGCGUCUAUACAAAACGUGAAACCUUAUAAGCCAACUCCAGAUAACCAACGAUCAUACAAGCUUUCCGCAUUGGAUCAACUCCACAUUCCUUAUUACAUUCCUUUCAUUUUCUUCUACCGAAACAACUUUAAUGGGACUAACAACAUGGAUGACAUUGUUCUUGCAAGAUCCAAACUCUUAAAGCAAUCAUUGUCCGAAACACUUACUCAGUUUUACCCAUUUGCAGGGAAGUAUAAUGAUGAAAGCCACAUUGAUUGUAAUGACGAAGGCGUGUAUUACAUAGAGACAAGUGUUGAUGGUGACCUACUGAGUUUUUUAACAAAACCAGAUUACAUGUUACUCCAGAGGCUACUUCCAAAGCCUCCGAACUCAAAGAAGCAAACACGAGGAUCCUACCUAGUUAUGAUUCAAGUGAACUUCUUUGAUUGUGGCGGUAUAGCUAUUGGUAUGUGCAAUUCGCAUAAGCUUAUAGAUGGUAUGACAUACAUGACAUUUGUGAAUGCUUGGGCUGCUGCAGCAAGAGGCAACCCUCGAAAAAAUUUAGUUUACACUAAUCUAAUUCCAUCAUCAAUUCUUCUGGAGGAUAAUCAACCACCUACAAAUCCAGCUUUCCAACUAUCAUUCUUGACGGUACGCCCUUCAAUGUUGAAGGACGGAAAGUGUUUGACAAAGCGGUUUGUGUUUCAGGACAAAACAAAAAGUGAACUCAAGACGAAAGCAAAUGUGUCUCGUGUAGUAGCAGUCACAUCACUGAUUUGGAAAUGUGCCACAAACGCAGCAAGAAAGCAACAUGCAGAACAGAGACCAUCAAUUUUGCAAUUUGUGGUGAAUCUACGAGGUAAAUUUGUACCCUCCUUACCACAUCAUGCAAUCGGGAACAUCAUAUGGAACACAGCAAAAAAAGGGUAUGAGAAGGUUAUUGAUGAGAUAAAACUGUUAGGACGUGAACUGUCCAACUAUGAUGCAGAUUACUACUCCGUGAGUAGCAUCUGUAGAUCCGGGGUGUAUGAAGCUGAUUUUGGAUGGGGAAAGCCGGUGUGGACGUGCUAUGCAAACUUCUGCAACGACGUACCUCUUUAUACCAACUCGAUAUUGCUAAUGGAUACGAGUACAUCGGAUGGGAUUGAGGCAUGGGUAACGUUGAGUGAAAAGGAUAUGGCUAUCUUUGAGCAUGACCCUGAGCUCCUCUUAUAUGCUUCUGUUGAGCCUAGCCCACAUGAUUGUUAAUACUAAUAUGUCUGUAUGGCGUUCUACCUUAUACUUUGUGUAACAUCGAUAUUUGUACUAGCUCAAUUAUCUCGUUACGAUUAUGUUCAACUGAAU